AGGAGGAUUGGGGAGGAGAUAAGGGGAGGGGUCGCGGUCAUUCUUAAAGUGACGGAACACGGUGAAUCAUAACCUGCGACGACGGACGACACGAGAAAUUUGGGCCCGCGGACUUCCUGCGAAACUUGGUGGUGUCCGGGAAAACCCGGUUCCCGUGGCGAUUGUGUUUGUGUGAGUGUGACUGUGAGUAAGGGAUUUUCCGAUUCGUCCGAAGUCUGUGGAAGAGUCGGCGGAACAAGUCGAAGAAAAUUCCUCGCCCAAGGAUACACAACACACAAGGAUUGAGAAUCGGGAUAAAAUCGAUUUGUAAUGUGAUUAUUCAGUGUUUCCAUUCUUUCGCCUUUUACUGCAGUAAUGUUUCUUCGUCCAUUGCUGAUGUAUUGUAGAAUCGAUUCUUGGCUCUGGUGACAAUCCCGAGUGCGGACUGUCCGGAUACAUAAAUUCUCUGUAACACUGUAGCGAGUUCAAAGUUUUGAAGUUGCGGUGUAUGGCGAAAUAAGUUGAAACAGAGUGCGCCGAGGAAAAACAGAGUGUCGUGAAAAUCGAUUUCACGGAUCAAGAAGUUCGAAUAGAGAAGCAAAAAAUAAAAGUUGUUUUUACAGCAGAAGCAGCACCGACGACGACGACGAGUUAGUGAGUUGUAGUGAAGUGACACGGAGUGUGAGUUCCGGGGCUAGAGAGUGUGUCCUGGUGCGGUGUUCAGGAGGUGCUCAGGAUACAGUGUGAGCGGAUUAUAAAGUAUUUCAAAAUGUUGUCACGGUGGCCAGCAGCGUUCGUGAUCUUCGUCGUGACGUGGAGUUCGACGCACCAAGCUCAGGCUGCAUCACCCCGGUGGGAACCUCAGAUAUCGGUGCUAUGCGAAGCCGGCCAGACAUAUCACCCGCAGUAUCUCUCAGAGGAGGGCAGAUGGGCGACAGAUCUGAGCAUCAAAGUGCCCGGUUCGACAUGCCUGAGGGACAAAAUGGACCUGCUGGAUUACUGUAAAAAGGUGUAUCCAGGUCGAGAUAUCACGAACAUCGUGGAGUCGUCCCACUAUCAGAAAAUCGGUGGCUGGUGCCGCCAGGGGGCACUGAACGCAGCCAAGUGCAAAGGUGCCCAGCGAUGGAUCAAGCCAUUCAGAUGUUUGGAAGGCCCGUUCCAGUCGGAUGCGCUCCUGGUACCCGAGGGUUGCCUCUUCGACCACAUCCACAACGCGUCCCGGUGCUGGCCGUUCAUCAGGUGGAACCAAACCGGGGCGGCCGCCUGCCAGGACCGGAACAUGCAAAUGCGUAGCUUCGCCAUGCUGCUGCCCUGCGGCAUCUCGCUGUUCUCCGGCGUCGAGUUCGUGUGCUGCCCGAAGCACUUCAAAGUGCCGAUGAAAGUAAAGAAGACCGACCUUCCGGUGCUGCCACAGGAGACGGAAGUGCUGCCGGCGCUGGAUGACGCGACCGACGCGGACAACUCCGAGGACGAUGACGACGAGGACGACAUUGACGAUGACGAGGACGAGGACAUGCUGGGAGAUGAGCCGAUCGAGAGUGACGACGACGAGUACGACUCCGAGGAGGACUUUGACGCCGACAAGGAACCGGACACCGGAUCCGCCGUCUGGGACAGCUUCAGCACUCCGCAGACCCUGCUAGGCAAGGACAGCAGCAGCAGCAACGUCAACAUCAACAAGAAGGACUCGUUCAGCACGGCAGCGUCCAGCACCACGGAGAAGGCAACGGAAAUCCCGACCACCCCCGUCACGGCCAUCCCGACGCCGGAUCCGUACUUCACCCACUUUGACCCGCGCUACGAGCAUCAGAGCUUCAAGAAUUUGCACGCUGAAUUCCAGGAGGCACAGCAGAGGCUUGAGGAAAGCCACCGCGAAAAGGUCACCCGCGUCAUGAAGGACUGGUCCGACCUGGAAGAAAAGUACCAGGACAUGCGAAUGGCCGAUCCCAAAUCCGCCCAAACCUUCAAACAGCGAAUGACCGCUCGGUUCCAGACUUCUGUGCAGGCACUUGAAGAGGAGGGCAACUCGGAGAAGCACCAGCUGGCGGCGAUGCACCAGCAGCGCGUGCUGGCCCACAUCAACCAGCGCAAGCGUGAGGCGAUGACCUGCUACACCCAGGCCCUGACCGAGCAGCCGCCGAACUCCCACCGCGUCGAAAAGUGUCUGCAGAAGCUGCUGCGCGCCCUGCAUAAGGACCGUGCCCACGCCCUGUCCCACUACCGCCACCUGCUGGGUUCGGGAGGUGCCGGCGGACUGGAGGCUGCCGCUUCCGAGCGACCCCGCACGCUGGAACGCCUCGUGGACAUCGAUCGUGCCGUGAACCAGUCGAUGGCGAUGCUCAAGCGUUACCCGGAACUGUCCACCAAGCUGUCCCAGCUGAUGGACGACUACAUCCAGGCGCUGCGCUCCAAGGACGAAACCCCCGGCUCGAUGCUGGCCAUGACCGAGGAGGCCGAGGCCACCAUCCUGGACAAGUACCGCAUGGAGAUCGAACGCAAGGUCAGCGAGAAGGAACGCCAGCGUCUGGCCGAAAAGCAACGCAAGGAGCAGCGCGCCCAGGAACGUGAGAAGAUCCGCGAGGAAAAGCUGCGUCUGGAAGCGAAGAAGAUGGAAGCCGCCUACAAGCAACAACAGCAGCAACUCCAACAGCAACAGCAGCAGCAGCAGCAACAACAGCAACAGGCUCAACAACAGCAGGCUCAAACGCAGCUGCCAGUUUCGGAGCAGCCACAGACGCAGAAGCAGAUCGAGCUGGAAACCCAGAAGGACACCGAAGCUACACGCGACUACACGGAGGAUAUCACCAUUACUAACAGUCCACAGUCGACGGCACUGCCGACCGUAGACGACGAGGCCGUCCAGCGUGCAGUGGAGGAGGUGGCUGCCGCGGUCGCUCACCAGGAAGCGGAACCGAAGAUGCAGCACGUGAUGGCCCACGACAUUGGACACGGCGAACCGAGCUACUCGGUCCGGCGGGAGAUCUACGGCUCGAGCGGCCACGAGGGCAAGAACGUGUACUUUACGCUGGCCUUCGCCGGCAUCGCCCUGAUGGCCGCGGUGUUUGUCGGCGUCGCCGUCGCCAAGUGGAAGGCCUCCCGGUCGCCCCAUGCUCAAGGAUUUGUCGAGGUCGAUCAGGCCGUUGGACAACCCAUUACACCGGAGGAGCGGCACGUGGCCAACAUGCAGAUCAACGGGUACGAGAACCCGACCUACAAGUACUUUGAGGUGAAGGAAUAAGUGAAGCAUUACAUUGCCGUGAGCGGUGCAAGAGAGGAGGAUACACACUUGUAGAGUAAAUUGCAAAACUAUAACAUUUGCAUCUAGUGUCUGUUUUGAAGAACAAAGUGAAAAUUAUGUUAUUCUGUUUGAGCACUCUAUCGGAGGAAGAAUGGCAACGUUGGAAGAAGGAAAGUAAUCUAAUGUUUGUUUUGAAAAUGACGAUGUGACGCGAAACAAAAGAAGCAAGUAAGGAUAAAUUAAGAACAGUAUUUUUAAGUUCGGCGAUUUGAUCUUUUUAGAAGUCAAGAGCAAAACUACCGUUAAAUAGUGUGAUUGUAAUUGUAAAUUUGCCCGCAAGAUAUUAAUUUAAAGUAUUUUUAAGGAAACAUGCUAGGUGAGAAGUUGAGCAAAUCAGAGCAAGUAUAUUCGUCAGAGAAUGCCGCCGUUACCAGGAAGUCACCAACUGUUUGGGGAAUCUCUUCAACAAUAACAAACCAAACUCACUCAGCAGUGAUGCCAGGCUACCGUUUUUGUUUUUUGUUCAGGCACAUUUUCCACCCAUCCACACACUUCAUAUAGCGCAGCAGCAGCAGUAAAAAAACAUGAGGGUUUAGAGUCUAAGGGGGCAACUGAAUCUGCGAAAAUAAUACGCACCGCAGAGGUCCCUUCUCAUCCCUAACUCAUAGUUAGAUAGCUAAGUAGCUAAUUAGUUAUUAUUAUAAAGAAACAAGACAAAACAAGAAAAAAAUAAAACAAAAAACAAUAAUUGUAAGUAUAAUAGCUUUUUUGAUCAGUAAAAACCGGAAAAUGAUAAUAGAAAAAAACUAUCAAAAAUAUAUAUUUUUUGUAACAAGCCUGCUAUACGCUUUGAAAUUUCAUAUUUAUAUAAUCUUAACAAUAAUAAAAGGUAAACUAUAUAUUUACAACAACAAUAAGACACUCACUAUCACAUGCUUCAACGGAAAACAAAACAGUCAUUCUAUAGGCCCUUUUCGGUUUUAGGUUUUUCCCCCUCGACAGUUGACAAAACUCACAUGCAACAGCAGCAGCAACCAACAUAAGUAAACAAACAAAAAAACCACACUCAUUCACACUAUAGAUGUCGUCCUCGUUGUGUAGACACAAAGCUGUGCAAAAAAAAUUCAAGCAUCGUAGCCCAUGAGGUGUGUGUGUACCAAUUAAAGAGCUUCUUCCGAAAAAAAAAACACGUAGCGAGCAUUAGAGACAAACAAAAACAUGUAAACAAGCAAAAGUUACAAAAGCAAACAACAAACUAAAGGAUUAAAAAUGCAAAACCAAGUAUAAACAAAACAAAACACGAGAACAAAGCAAGACAACAUCAAUCAUGCAAAUAUCGCAAUUUUGUGCAUCCUGAUAAUUCAAAUUCGUCCAUUUUUGUAGACUUUUGCGAGCGCGUAAUUAAAUGUAAGGAGAAAACCAUCGAGACAAAACCAACCUAACAAAGGGUCGUGCUGUUCCCCGCGAGAUAUGUCCCAAAUUUCAUGAAAUAAAAUAAAAAAUCUCACACGUCAGUCAGUGUUGCCAGAAAUGCUUGUGAUGAAUUAUUGAAAAAAAGUAAAAGAAACCCGCUUGGCGCUCAUAGUUACGAUUUGAUUGCACUAUACCAAAAAAGAUACAAAAAGAACCCCCCCUGAGAAAACGGUAAACCCUCAGCCUGAAGAGACACGGGCCGAUGUUGAUUUUGGUUUUGAGUUUCGCAAAUAUUCAACAGAAAAAAACUUAAAUGGGAAAACAAGUAAACACUCAACUUCAAUAAGUCCGAAACAGUCACUACUCACUAUUAUUCACUUUACUUGCUGAUUGGGAAAGACAUAUAAUCUAUGUAAAAAAUGAAUUUGAUAUUGCUAGAACACUAAAAUUAACAAUAAUGACUAAAAGUAUUUAAAGAAACAAAAAAAAAGCAGAAUAAAAUAGAUUAUAUAUCAUGUAAAAGUAUGUAACGAGAAUAUUUAUACAAACACGUAUAAAUGUAAUGAUGUAAACAUUUACAGAAUAGUUUUAUUAGGAGACUACAAAAAAGCAACAAUGUAACAACACUUGAUUUGAUCCAAACCAAAUCAGUCAACACUGUUCUUUUCUCUGACGUUUAUGUUUUCGGCUAUAAGUUUAAUAAAUACUCUACUUGAAGUUUAAAGCAAAAGCAUGAUACACUCUAGUCUCUCAACUAUAACGUUGAAAUGCGAAACCACACACACACAUUUAUUAAAGGAAAACAAAAUACAUAAAAAGCAUGCAUGCAGGCAGGCAGGCAGGACGAUUAUGCUAAACUCUCUUGAGCAAAAACAAAGUUACGCCGAACUAACAAAAAUGAAAUCAAGUUUAUCACGAAAACCGCUUAGUUUGACACGAUUGCUAUCCACUACUACUCAAGUAAACAAAACAAAAAAAAAGCAACAAUUAUAUCAGCAAAGUACACGCUAAAUCAAAAUGUAACCGCUCGUUUAUUCAUCAGUUCGUUUUUUCAAGACAAAUAUUACUCAAACUAUUAUAUAUGAACAAACUUUUUUAAGAUACAGCAAAAACAAAAUAAGCAAACCAAGAACAAGAAGCAGAGCGGUGCAAAAAGGCAAGGCGAACAAAUUCGAAAAAUAACAAAACAACAACUACUUAGCUGUCAAGAACAAAAACAAAUGAAAUUCAUUAACCAACACACAUUGGGGAAAGAUGUAAAAGGAAAACUAACUUUUUGUGUGCGACAUUUAGAAAACAAAAAAGGAAAGGAAAUUUAAACAAUUUGUAUCAUCAAUGAGAAAAGCAGCAGCAAACAAAAAGGACACAAUUAAUUGUUACUCGUAUGUGUAAUGAUUGAUUAGUAGAUGAAUACGUCCCUUUUCAUUGAAGAGAACAACAAAAAAACAGUAGAAUAGAACGUGUCAUACAUAUUCAACCAAAAAGAAAGAAAAAAAGAAAAAGAGGAAACACUCACUGUUAAAUCAGGAAAUCAGGACACGACGACACAGUUGAAGCUAACGGUUAGAAAUUUGUUUUUCACUUUGAUCAACCAGUUUGAAAGUAAAGAAAAAGUGAACUCGUCUAAAACAGCACAAUAAUUUACAAACCCCUUUUGUUUUACGAGCUACCAACAGCAAACGUUUUGAAGAUUGAUUGGAAUGUUCCGAGAAAUGAUCGCUUCAAGAAUAAACAAAAAGCCGCUUCGUUGAAUGAAAAUCGUAAACUGUUUAAUAACUGCGCUGCACCCCUGUUUGGGGUGGUAGUCACUUUUCCUAACAAUAAACUGAAAGCAAAUACUAGGCAAAUCUGAAACCAGUAGAAGCGAGAAUUAACCGAAUCAAAAUCAACAACAGACACACAUACAACAACAAUGAAACACUUCUAUCUGAAAGCUCCCCUUGAAAAAGAGACAAAAAUAAGAGAAAUAAUAACAUCGUCCCCACACAAAAAAAGAUAUCUGUUUGUAGAAUGAAAGAUAGCGCUGGGAAGAAGAAAGAAGAAGAUGAAGAGAAAGCAAAUUGGAUGAGUCAAAAUGCUCUGUAAACAAGCAAAACUAAUACCUAAUUUGAAGGAGGAUAAUAGAGUAUGAAAUAACAAUA